GAGACAGAGCGGAGCUGUGACUGUCCCCGUGUCCCCGUGUCCCGUGUCCGUGUGUCCGCAACUGACGCGCGCUCCGCGGGGUAACCUCCUCCGUGCCCGCGCUCACGUGCGCUCAUAUGUGCGUCCAGAUGGCCGCCGCUCGCGGCUGACGCUCCUCCGCGCUCCUCCGCGCUCCUCCGCGCUCCUCUGCGCUCCUCUGCGCUCCGUGUGCACCGGGCCGCGCGCUCCGGGCCGUGUGGAGGUGUCCCGGGCCGAGGAUGUGAUGUGAUCCGCCCGGAGCGUUGGUUUUGUCGGUGCUGAUGCGGCUGUAGACGCGAUGGCGGCCGGGAGGUUCCUGCUGUACGCCGGACUGUCUCUGUCUCUGUGCGCUCUGGCCAUGCUCGCCGUGGCGAUGUGCUCGGAUCAUUGGUACGAGACCGACGCCAGACGGUACCGGGAGCGGUGCCGCAGCUUCACGAGCCGCCGCAAAGACCCGGGCUUCAUCUACAUCCCCAACAACAGCCUCCCGCUCCGCGCCGCGCGCGGGGACCACCGCCUGCCGCUCCCGCGCAGCCGCAGGCAGCUGUUCGCCAUGAGCGCGGCGGACGAGUGUAACCGACAGUACAACUCCACCAACAUGGGCCUGUGGCGCCGCUGCCACCGCGACGGCUUCGACCAAGAGGUGGAGGAGCACAUCCGGAGAGGGGUCAUCUCUCGUUGUUCUUAUAUAAAGUAUCAUUAUUCUUCAGCCACGAUCCCCAAGAAUCUGUCCUACAACAUCACCAAGACCAUCCGCCAGGACGAGUGGCACGCCCUGCACCUCCGCAGGAUGACGGCGGGCUUCAUGGGGAUGGCGGUGGCGAUCAUUCUGUUCGGGUGGGUGGUGGGGGCCCUCGGGUGCUGCUGGGACCGGGGGCUCAUGCAGUACGUGGCCGGACUCCUAUUCCUGAUGGGAGGGACCUUCUGCAUCAUCUCUCUGUGCACGUGCGUAGCAGGUAUAAACUUUGAGCUGUCUCGUUUCCCUCGUUACCUGUACAGCCUCCCGGACGACAUCGGUCACGGUUACGGUUGGUCCAUGUUCUCGGCCUGGGGCGGUUUGGGUCUGACCCUGAUCUCCGGGUUCUUUUGCACCUUAGCCCCCUCCGUGCAACCGCUCCCCCGCUCCAGCUGCCCCAAGAGCCGCCACGAGAACGGGACAGUGUGCUAAAGACACCGCGGGGCCGGGACUGCGCGCUAACGACGGCGCGGGAACAGGACUGCGUGCUAACGACGCGCCAACGCCAAAAACUCUGAAAAAAAAGAAAAAAAAUGAAAAAAACAUAACACGAGACUGAGGAAAAACAGUCACGAUGCAUCCAUCCAAAACGAUCAGGAGAGCAGCAAGAACUGGACCAGAACUGGACCAGAACUGGACCAGAACUGGACA